AUGGAUCACGCUCUUCCCAAAGUUGCUUAUGUCUUCUCGAACGGAUACACCAAAAGAAAUAGAACUUGACUUGUUCUUGUUCACACAUAAUUGUGGUAAACGAGGAAUUGAUUCUGAUGUGUUUAUUCCUAAAGUAGCUAAAAUCCUACCAAAGGAAGUGGCCGGUCUUUAUGUGUUUGGGAUAGAGGAAGCUUGCUCUAUUAUGGAUGCUUCUUCUUACACAACAUCUAAUCCCCAUUUUAUCGCUGUAAACCAGGUACUUUUGGAUACUUUACACAAAGCUUAUGGGAUGAGUGAUACAAAGUUUCAUACUGUCGGGAUUUGUCAUAUUGGAGCAAUUGGAAUCUUUGUUAUCACUCCAUUUCCACUGAAAAUUACAAAGGUCAGGUCUGCUUCUAUGGGGUGUGGAUAUUUUUAUUCCUCUAUGAAGGGUGCUGCUGGUUUAAGAGUGACAUGGAAGCCUUCUGAGACUUCAGGUGAAAUGGUUGAUUUAACGUUUGCUGAUGCUCAUCUUUCGGCAUAUGAAGGUGAAUAUUAUUGUGCUAAGAGAAACUAUGAGGUUAUACGGUUGAUGAGAGCACUUGACUUUGGAGACGGGUACAGUUUCUUAAAACCCAACUCUCACUCGUUCUUUAUGGGAGAUUUAAACUACAGAACCACCAAAGAUAUUAGGGCCGACACCAGUGCUAUUGAAGAACUUACUUCUCUUCAAGAUCAAACUAUGACAACCAAUUCUUCCACAGAAGAAUUGGUUCAAAAGUAUGAUGAAUUAAGUGAAAGUAUAAGAAAUGAUCAAGUGUUUAUGGGCUUUACGGAAGCUUGUAUAGACUUCCCCCCCACGUACAAGUUCAAUUUAGGGACAGCUAUAUACAACACUAAAAGAUCGCCUUCUUGGUGCGAUCGAAUCCUUUACCAGUCCACUUAUCGAAACCGGCACGGAGCUUUCAAAAGUGGUCUUCUGUCUCUGGCUGUCCCAAGAGUCAAGGAGUACAAUAGUGUGAAGGCGCUCUUCACUUCGGAUCAUCAACCAGUGUAUUUGUCUAUAAGCAUCCCAUUCGAACCACCAGAGUCAAUCAUUUCAAGUUCUGGAUACUUGAAAAUACUCCCCAACGAUCAGGGUAUUGACCAUUUCCAUCGCAAAAACUCUAAUGAAGUAAUCGCUGACAGUGCUAGUGGGCCUACUCAAAUCUAUGGAAAAUCUACAAAAUUGGAUAGGAUCAUUAGAUUUUAUUUAACUCCAUUAUCGGAUCUGGUAAUUGGUAAUGGGUUAUGGGUUUCUACAACUCCCAGCGGUAGAAUUGCCAUAUUGGUAGGAUUGCUACUCUUGGUAGCCGUUUAUCAAAUUUUCAAAUAAUUCCUGUGAGGCUCAAGAUAUCCGUUAUUAAGCGAUAAUUCCCGUUCAUGUAUAAAUACUCGAUCAAGGUCCUCCUAUAUUUGAAAAUUCUGUAUUGUUUACGUUAUUCUAGUCAAAAUUCGUUACAUCCUACUAUUGGCCUAUAUAUUAAUAAACUCAUGGGUAUAAUCAGCCCUUCGUGACAUAUAUAAGCAAUGUCUGUAAAAAAAUUGUUGGUCAGAUUGCUUGACAAAUUGGUGUCCAAAUUGGUGUCCAAAUUGGUGUCCAUGGAUGUGGGAGCCCUAAUUUGCUAGGUAUUCAGGCAAAGUAAAGACUAUUCGUACUAUAAACCCGUUAGUUCAGGAUGCUCUCUUGUGGUUGCCGUUUAGGAUCGUAUGAGAAGACCACAAAACCGUAUUUUUUUCUUGUGUGAAAAUGCCUAUAAGCCCUUUCACCCGUGCUACCAGGACACACAUUGCAAAAUUUUCCAAUUGUAACUCUGAAUCUUUUGUAGGUAUUCAAAAGCCCGUUAUCAAUGCUGGGAGACUUAAAGGUCACUUCAGAAAGUGAUUCUUCAUUAGUAAAGGUCUCCAACACCCUCGAAUCCCUGUCACAACAUGAUAUUCCAUCCAUGUCAUGGUGGGGUAGCUUUAAGGAUGGGUUUAAACCUUCCCCAUAUUGUACCACAGUUGAUACCACGAAUCUCACUGAUAUCGAAAGAGCCAACAAAGGUGUUGAACAAACGGUGUUGAAUAAAGACCUUAAAAAUAGACAUCUUCAAAUGUUAAGUUUAGGAGGGACUUUGGGAACCGGAUUGUUGAUAGGUUCGGGGUCGGCAUUAGCGACCGGAGGACCAGCAGCAUUAAUUAUCGGUUGGGGGAUAAUUGGAACCAUGGUGUUUAACACUGUGCAUGCAUUGGGAGAGCUUUGUGUUGCCCUUCCAGUUUCAGGAGCUUUUUCCAGUUAUGCAACAAGGUUUAUUGAUUCUUCGUGGGGAUUUGCAGUCGGUUGGAACUAUGCCCUUAUGUGGCUUAUAGUGUUACCAUUGGAAUUAGUGGCUGCUGCUAUUUCGAUCCAAUUUUGGAAUUCAAAUAUAAACCCAGUUGCCUGGGUGAGUGUCUUCUACAUUUUAAUCGUUGCUAUUAAUUUGUUUGGCGUUAAAGGAUAUGGAGAAGCAGAAUUUAUAUUAUCUACAUUCAAAGUAAUUGCUCUCUCAGGGUUUAUAAUCUUGGGGGUAAUUUUGGUAUGUGGUGGAGGGCCUACACAUGAGUUUAUUGGAAGUAGAUAUUGGAAAGAUCCGGGUCCUUUUGCUAAUGGUUUUAAGGGCGUGUGUUCAGUGUUUGUUACUGCAUCUUAUAGUUUAGCAGGUUCCGAGUUAGUUGGACUUGCAGCAUCUGAAUCCGAAGAUCCUUCCAAGACGUUACCAAAAGCCAUUAGACAAGUUUUCUGGAGGAUCUUCUUCUUCUUUUUCAUAACGUUGACAAUAGUGGGAUUGCUUGUUCCUUAUACUUCUUCAAAUUUAUUUGGUUCUGGUUCUGCUGUAUCACCAUUUGUGAUAGCCAUUAACAAUGCCCACAUCAAAGUAUUACCAUCCAUUUUCAAUGCAGUUAUCCUUGUUUCAGUAAUUUCAGUAGGGAAUUCUGCCGUAUAUGGAUGUUCACGUACAAUUCAAAGUCUUGGUGCUCAGGGCCUAGCUCCAAAAUUUUGUGCUUAUGUGGAUAAGCGAGGAAGACCUUUAGGCGGGCUUCUUGUGGCAGCAGUAUUUGGUUUGUUGUGUUUCCUAAGUGCAUACAAAGACGAGGAAUCUAUCUUUGCUUGGUUGUUGAGUAUAAGUGGGUUACUGACAAUAUUCCUGUGGAUUAACAUAGGGGUAUGUCAUAUAAGGUUCAGAAUGGCACUUAAACUUCAUGGUAAAACCACUGAUGAUUUGGAGUUUGUCUCGAUAGGAGGAAUUUGGGGAUCAAUCUAUUCAAUUGUCUUAUUGAUAUUGGUCUUGAUAGCACAAUUCUGGGUUGCAUUAUUUCCUGUUGGAGGGGACGGUUCUCCGAAUGCUAGAAUUUUUUUUCAGAAUUACCUUGGCGUCAUUGUGAUCUUGGUAUUCUACUUGGCUCAUAAGUUGUAUUCGAAAAAUUGGAGACUAUGCGUACCCCUUUAUUCAGUGAAACUUGACUGAUCCACCUUAAGAAUAUCAACUACUCUUUUUGAUACCCCUUUUAAGCACCGGCUUUUAUUAUGAACCCUAAAAUGUUAGUUGUGUACAAACAAAUUUUACUUAUUAGAAACAUACCAAUUUCUUACUUGAACAUCCGUGAGGCUUGCUCUCUCUGCAAUAUCUUGGAAAGAUUUCUUACUGAUACGGGACAAAUCCUUGUGAACUAAAUACCAAUCCUCUAGCUCC